AUGACCCCACCAUCGAAGGAGAGAGAUGAUGGAACUGGAGACACAAUGGCAGAUCAAGACGACCGGUCCUCCGAGGACUUACAAGCUUCCAGUGAUGAAGAGACUGUGAAGGCCGAGAGGGAGGAGGAUAGCAUCGUCGGCCUCUUGGACGAUGAAACCCAGACUUCCAGUAGCACACCACCAGCAACUGAGAGCGGCGCGCUUCCGAACCGAUACAGGGAGAUUCUGCGCGAGCAAGCCGACAACACCUCCGACGAAGGCUCCGUGGAUGCCGUCCCCAAGAGGGCUGGGAGUCCGAUUGAUUCCCUGAUGUCGGGCUCCGUGAUCUCCUCCCCGAGCAGUAGUGUUCUCCCCUCUGUGGCCUCCCGACCCGGCCUCAGCAGUCCCACCCCCUCAUUUCGACCCUUCGACCGCCGUUUCCAGUCCCGCAUCUCCUCCGCAAGCUUCAUUCAUAGCCCGCGAUCCUCCUCUCCUGGCUUUCUCACCAGCCACAGCCGCUCCGCAUCCCUCAGUUCAAAUCUAUUGGACCGCGACGACACCGACACCCCUUCUCCGCCAUGGGAAGUUGUACGGUGGACGAGAUUGAGGAAGCUCAAUGGCCAGGCCUUCUCCGAGGCUGGCAAGCGCAAUUUUGGCGCUCCUACAUGCAUUGCUGUCUCCGCCUCGAUUGUACUGGGGACUACCAAGGGUAUAAUAUUAAUAUUUGAUUACAACCAGAUCUUGAAGACCAUCAUCGGCCCCGGGACCAAGGCGGUCGAGUCUGGUGCCAUCACAGCCAUCGCAGUAUCGGCGGAUCACACCACGAUUGCCGGAGGCCAUGCCAACGGAGACGUAUUCACCUGGGAGGCGAAUCGGGCAUCUAGGCCGUUUCUUUAUAUACCGCAUCUCGAACAGACGCAACUCCAGAACCGGACUGUGGAUGGACACCUGUCAGGAGUAGCCGUGGCCCAUCUCGGCUUCCUCGGAACAAGGCAUACUGCGCUCGUGUCGGCGGACGACCGCGGCAUGGCGUUCUCGCACUUGGCAACGAGAGGUACGGGAUCUCUCGGCCGAACCGUGAAGACGACGAGGAUACUCGGAAGGUAUCCGAAUGCUGCCCCUCCAACCGGCAAGCCUCUCAAGCCCAGCACAGUCCUAUCAUUCAGUCCCUUGCCCCUUGGCAACACAGAGCGUGCAACAGACACUAUGGGCCUCACGGCAAUGCUUACGCCUUAUCUACUGGUCAUUGUGUCCACGACACCGGUUGCGCAAACCCAACACAAGUCGGCGAGGCCGAAGGACGUGGCUCACCAUAGCGCCAUGACUGGCUGCCUGGCAUGGUUCCCCGCUGUGAGACUUAAGGUUCCGGACCCCAUCACAGGAAGCGAUAUUUCCAAAGUCAAACUAGUAUACUGUUGGUCCAACGUCUUGACUGUUCUUGAUGUUGACGAAAUACCGGCCGAGAACAAGGACAAACCUCCAACGCUGAAGUUUAAGGCACGGAGCAGGUGGAAGUGUGAAGAGGCCAUCGUUGCAGUGCAAUGGCUUAGUCGCUCGGUAUUGACCGUUCUGACAAUCUCCCAGCGCUUGAUUAUUCUCGAAGAUCGAACUAUGCGUCAAACGGAGGGUUUCGAUCUGAUCAACAAGUUCAUAUACCAUGCCGACCUCUUCUCAAAACAGCUACACACCCUAGUGGAACAGUUGGACGAGGACGAUACAUCUAUGCAUGGUGUUGUAGCUGACGCAUUCUACAUGAGCUUGAAGACGUACAAGGGCAAGAUUUUCUUGCUUGGAUUCAACGAUGUUUCCAUUGGGUCGCUGUCGAACUGGGCUGAUCGGAUCAUUGCUCUUAUGGAGAACGGUGACUACGUCGGCGCAAUACAGCUUGGUACAUCGUACUACACUGGUGAUGCAGACAAGCUUACAAUCGGGUUGCCCGAAGACACCUCGCUGCGCCACUCGAUGGUGCGCGACAAGCUUAUGGAGAUCAUGAAAGCGUCACUCAAAUACGCCUUCACACAGCGGCAGAAAGACAAAUCAGCAGCCGACGACAGCCAUGUGCGGGAACUUUGCGAGACGUGUUUCACUGCCUGCCACAAUGUGGGCGACAUUGAUUUCCUCUUCGAAGAGAUGUACGAGUGGUACGAGGAUGCCGGCGUGGAGGGCAUCUUCUUUGAAACCAUGGAACCUUACAUCCUCGAGAAGAACAUCACUAUCGUACCACCUGCUGUCGUGAAGGCCGUAGUGACCUCCUACGUCACCAAAGGAUGGGAGAGUCGACUCGAGGAGAUGAUUGUUCAUAUGGACACCAUGACGCUGGACCUGGACCAGAUCACGCUCCUCUGCAAGCAGCACAGCCUCUACGAUGCGCUGAUAUAUGUCUGGAACCAGGCAUUGAACGAUUAUAUCACACCAUUGAUCGAUCUACUAACGUUGCUGGUGCCUCUCAUGAGCAAUGGCGACUACAUGUCUUCCGGAAACAUGGAAGACGAAAUAUAUGGCGUGAACGCGUUGAAAAUGUUCCCCUACCUCUCCUACACUUUGACAGGCAGAGUAUAUCCCACGGGCGAGAUGAUGGAUGACGCAACUGCCUCGAAAGCUAAAGCUGAGAUUUACUGGUUCCUGUUUUCGGGAAACAGUGUCACAUGGCCCAAGGGCAGCGAUCGGCGAUUUCUCACCCGACCGGAUCAACAUACAGAGCCAUCCUUCCCGUAUCUGAGACUGAUACUGAAGUUUGAUGCCCCGAGUUUUUUGAGCGCUGUAAACGAAGCCUUUGAAGAUUCAUUUUUGAAUGAUUCGCCGGACAAGCAAGUUAACGGUGGCAUCAGGGGCGACGUGCCUGAAGAGCAAAUCUUCGGCCGUACAGUCGAUCGUCAGUACAUCGUAUCCAUACUUCUGGAGAUCAUGAACGCGGCGGAUUUCGCAGCAGAGGAUACGAUCUAUCUCGACAUGUUUAUUGCUCGAAACCUCCCAAAGUUCCCUCAGUACUUGCUUUUCCCAGGUUCAACUCUUACGAAGGUUCUAACCGGGUUGUGCAACUACCCGGGAGCAGACCUUGCCGAAGAUGCACAGCUCAGCGCCGAAUACCUCCUAUCGAUUUAUCAACCACCCGAUGCCAACACGCUCAUACCGAUGUUCGAGAAGGCAGGGUUCUACCGGAUUUUGAAGAGGCAAUACAGGGUUGAUAAACAGUAUGGCAAGCUUGUCCAGACUUAUUUCGAAGACCCCGCUGACCGGGACGCCGUCUUUGAAUGCAUCGGGGAUUGUCUCCGGCCACAGAGUGGUCUGAACCGCCGCCAGGUUCACGAAGUCCUCGACGCAAUCAAGAACAACGCCAGGGCGCUGAUCGAAACCAAUCCUGUUGAAGCAGCAAAAUCUCUCGCUGGACAGCCCGUAGACAUCCACCAGCAUGUUUUGGAUUCUGCCGAAUACUCUUCGGGGCUGCAAUUCUUUUACCUCAGAACGUUGCUCGAGCCAGAAAAGCGCGACGGAGAAUCUCCAUCGAACCCUGACCGAGCUCUAAUCGAACGAUAUGUACAACUCAUGUGCAGAUUUGACUCAGCUCAUGUGUCUGACUACAUUGGCUUGGUUCAGUCUGUUAACCUUAGACUCGAUGCCUUGCUCCCCACCAUGGAAGAGACAGGUGUCAUUGAUGCUGCCGUGGUUCUAAUGGCUCGAGAGGGCCAGAUAAAGGAUGCUAUGGACAGACUUGUCAAGCACCUUGGCACCCUUGAGUCGGCCCUGCAAGGUGUCUUGACAGGCGCUCAAAGCAAUAGCAAGGCUGAUGACUUACAGCCAGGGGCUGAAGACAUACUUUUGGCGCUACAAAAGUACGUGCACGUGGGCAUCUGGCUUUGUCAAGGUCAGACCAAGUCUUUGAGAAAAACGAAUGGAGUUCAGAAGAAGUCAAAGUCGUCAACUUCAGAGGCUAUGUCUCCAGAUGAAGAGCUUUGGCUCAGCCUCAUCGACGCAGCUGUGCAAACAACACGGCAGAUAGCGUCCGUCAUUGAAUCUACCGGUCACACUGGGAACGGCACUCUUUCUCAUGACGCUCAUGAUGGGCUUGGCGGUCUCGACAAAGAUAAGCUAUUGGCUCUGCUACGAUCCCUCGUACAACACACUUUUACGGCUCUCCUGACAACGACUUCUAGUCCUGCAGGAGGUCAAGGUGGAGGGCGACUUCUUACAAACGCUGGGAGUAACCUGUCUUUCCUGCGCAUCUUACGAGCUUUCCUCACAAGAGCUGCGGCCUCGUCACCAAAUCUUGCAGACUUGCGCUCCGUUCUGGCGUCGAUCUUCUCAGCCUAUGCCUACGAAGAGUCCAUACUUCGACUUUCUAACCGACUCCUCGAGCGAAGCUUGUUUGUGAAUGUCAAGCAAGCUGUAGACCUUCGUCAACGCGGCUGGCGACCCAGGGGCUCGACUUGCGAAGCUUGCGGUCGCCGGAUCUGGGGCCCGGGUGUUUCGGGGAACGUCUUCGAGGCUUGGGAGGAGAAGCAAGCGCGGGAAGAAGAAUGGAAGGUCGAAAAGAAGGCCUUGGUAAUCGCUGAAGACAAAGGCAAGGUCGGAAGCGGCAGCGACGUAUCCCAGACCGCAGCAGACUCGAAAGGAAAGGGUAAGGCCGCGCCUGUGGCAUCAGAGUCUCAUACCGAGGUGGACGAGGCAGCGCCGGAGGAGGGCGCGGAGGGGCAGAGCGAAGCUGUGGCGAAACCAAAAGAGCAGCUGGGACCGUUGGUCGUGCUGGCUUGCCGCCACAUAUAUCACCAAAGCUGCCUGGACGCUUACCAGUCCCGGCCAGAGGUUGAGGGGAAAACCCGGGCGGAGACCCACGCGAGGGAGUACAGGUGUCCAAUUGAUGGAUAG